AGCAGAGGGCGCUGUGAUCAAAGCAAUGAAAGCGAUCGCGUGGCUUCUGGAGCAAAUUCACAGGUGAACUCCGCCCUCUCGCACAGCUCAAACUCCUGUGCCUCAGACUCCUGAGUGAAGCCCGUUCUCUCCGGCAGCUGUGGGGUGCUGAGCGUCGCAUCCCAGCCUCUACUGGCCGGCUUCUGGGGAGCCCCUCGAGCGAGCUGCAGCAGGUUGGGAUGCGUUCACACCUUCCCGUCCGGUCCCUGUGCCCAAAUGUGACUCUUGGGUCUCCCUGAGCCCCGGCUCUAAUCCUCCCUCCCCCCCACACCGCCCCCCCACGCCCCCUCCAGCCUACCUUCUCCCCGCCCCGUGACCCCUCUCCAACUGCCCCAGGGCUCUUAGCCCCACCCCACCCCCCACCCCUGGGGCUUUGUCACCCCUUUGCCACUGCUGCAGGGCCUGCCCAGAAUGUUCUGGAGCAAGCUGGGUGUCCGAGCCCUGGGCUGCUGUCCCUGGCGUCUGCAGCCCUGCGGGCAAGCAGGCAGUGUCGUCUCUGACCCCAGGCUGCUGAGGCUGCUGCCAGGGCCGCGGAGGAGGAGGCGGGGCGCAGGGGGCGCCUAGCGGGUCCGUACGCAGCAAGCCUUAGUCACCAGCUGAGGCUCCUCCGCCAAGACCUCCGUGCCAGGCAGGAGCAGUGGGCCUCCUUCUGCUCGGCGCUGAUGGCAGCUCGGCGGCUGCUGAAGGCACAGGCGGGCUCCAGGCCAGCCAAGUCCUCCCAGGCUGGGCCCAACCCCGAAGGGGAAACCCCCCAGCUGGAUGCCGUGCUGAGCCACCUGUCCCAGGCUGUGCUGCAGGAGGGCCACCGCCUGAAGGCCUGGGGCGUCCUGGGCACCGGCACUGGGGCAGAGCUGCUGCGGCCAGCCUCAGCAGGCCCUCAAGGGGGCGCCGAUGACAUCCGUGUGAAUCCGGUCACCAAGCUGAUGGUCCCCAGCCCCAACUGUGCAAUGCUUCCCGCCAGUGGCCAUGCAGGGUCCAUACCUCCUGGCUACUUCGUCCACCCUGACACCGGGAGGGUGCUGCCUGAAGCUGGAAACCUGGGGUACGAUCUGCAGGGAGCUACCCUGGUGCCCACCACUGACUUCGGUUCCGGUGGCGUCCGAACGUCAGAAGCUGCCAUCCUCCCCUAUGUGCCCUACCCGACCUGCCCCGCCACAGGGUCCCCUCCAACCGCCCGCCUGCCUGUCCUGCAGCCACGAAGGACGUCACAGAUGGGGGCUGUCAUGACAGACCCUGCAACUGGCAUCGAGGUGCCCGUGCUGGCUGUGACCCUGCACCCUCAGACGAGGCAGUGGCUCGCUCUCGGGGGCACAUACUGCAACCCUCUCACCAAGACCUUGGCCCCUCUAGAGCUGGGGGGCCCCAUGGAGGAUCCAGUCACUGGAGGCAUCUCGCCAAUCCUGGGAGUCGGGUUGGAUGAAGACACAGGUCAGGUGCUUGCCCUGGGCGGGCUGCGAGACGCCUCGGGGAACCUUAUGCUGCCUGGCGACAGCUUCGAGGAGCCACUGAGCAGGAAGACAGUCCGGCUCCAGGGAGCUGCGCGACAGGAGGGCAGGACAGUGCCCCACACGGGAGGAUCACAGGCCCUGCUGGAUGCCAACGUGCUGGUGGCCCAGAGGCGAGUGCUUGCUGUGCUGCGCAGCUACCAGGAGAGGCCAGGGUCAAGGAUGCAGGGGCUUCUGGAGGCUGCCAUCAAGGACAUGAGACAGGCACUGGCCUUGAGUCUGCACCAUGUCCUGCAGCAGGCUCGGAGACUGGAGCGGCAGCUGGAGACAGCAGGUGGCAUCGCGGCCAGCGGAGGAAGGCUAGGAAUGAUGUGCUAUCCAGGGACAGAGCUGUGGGUCCCAGCCCUCUAUGGGAUGGAGAUCCCAGACCCUGAGGGCUCGGGGCUCAUGGUGCCCAUCCUGGGCAUGGAGACUGAUAGAAAUUCUGGUGACCCCACACCCCUGGCGGGUUCGAUGGAAGAUGCGGAUGGCAAAGGUCUUGUCCCAAUCUCGAUUGGGGCUCAAGCCAUAGACCCCUUGACUGGGGAACCUGGUCCUGUCAUUGGUGCUCAGACAGAUCCCUGUUCCGGAGUGGUGGUGCCCAUUGUCCAGAUGCUGGAGGCCCUACCUCGGGGAGUGAGUGACCCCAGGCUGCUGGACGCCCUGGAGAAGGAGCUGAGAGCCCGGGAGCAGUACUGGCACCGCCAGGAGCAAGAAGAGGUGCGUCUAGCGGAACACCUGGGGCACCUGAGCCAGGAGCUCCUCUCCGUUCCGGGCAAAGAUGCCCAGCGACAGCUGAGGGCUGCCGAGGAGGCCUGUGCUGCGCUGGAGUCCUGCCACCUGCAGGAGACUCAGAGGAGAGCCAGAGCCCUGAGCAUGCAGAGUGGCCCAGAGCGGGGCCUGCUCUCUCGAGACAUGGCUGCCGUUACACGGCUCUUCUCUCUGCCCCUUGCAGCAGACAGAGAGGAGGGGGAGCAGGAGGCACAGGUGGCGCUAGGCAUGCAGAGAGUCCUGCAGAGUUUAGGACACGCAGCAGAGAAGCUGGGGCAAGCGGUGGGCCGGCUGCGGGGCCAGGAGGAGGAGACGUGGCUACAGCAGAGUAGGGGUCAGAGCCCCCAGAUCUGGAACCGUCUCAGGAAGGUGGUUCAGCAUCUCUCUGAUGAGUUUCAGGAGGUGGUAAGGGAGAGACAGAGAUUUCUCGAUCGAGCCCUCGGUCACUUACAGUACCAACGGGAGCUUAGCCGCCUCCACCUCUUGCACACCCAGAUUGUUGCCUCAGGAGCCCCUGCGUGUUUGGAGAAUUACCCUGGAGACAGAUUCUAUGGAACAGUCACGGCUUCUCUAAGGGACCAGGCGGCUGCCUGCCCACUCUUGAUCCCCUUCCUGAAGAGCCUCACUGCAGCGCUAGUGGGAGCUCAAGGUUAUGGUCCAGGACCAGAGGAUCAGGGGCCAGGAACAGAUACAGAUAAAGUUGACAUCGCGUGGACCUCACCAGUCUUUUCUACCCUGAAGAAAGUAGACAUCUGGUCCCAAGCCCGCAAGGAGGAAGCUGAACUACAAGCACAAGUGCGUCACCAACAAGCCCCAGAAAACUGUUUGCAGGAUGUCCCGAAACCUCAGACAAUGCUGAAGGAAGAGCUUAUCGCUGUGCAAGCCACAGACCUUUCUGCCAGGGAGUUUGUGGUUUACCAGUAUGGCCUCUCCAUCCUGGACCUCCUCACCCCCCAGCUUCAGGCUCCUGAAAUCACCCUGCAGAUUGCUUCUCAUCUGCCUGCCAUGGAAGCCUCAGACAAUGCCUUCGAAGGCUCCUUCCUCUUUCAGAGCGCUGAAAACAUACUGUUUGUUGGGAGAGAGUCUUUGGCAUCUGUGGGAAGCUUCAUUCUGCUGCUGAUCCACUGCCUGGCCCACAUCGCUGCCAAGGACUUCCACCAGGACUCAGACCCUGCCUUUCUGAGGUCAUUUUACAAGGGCUUGCAGGCUUAUUUCAGGGAAGCAUUCUCUAUGGCGCUGCAAAUGUCAGCGGUUUCCUGGGACGGUAAGCUUGACCGAAGCAUAAGUGCUAUUCUGCUGGAAGAGCAGCCCGUCUCUGAGAGAGGAAGAGAUCUUCUCUCGAAACUCAUUGAAAGGAAGUGUGAGUCUCACUUGGAGCCAGAGUCAUCAGAAGAGUAUAUUAAGAAAAACAAGGAUCUUCUCCUCUUCACCAAUAUGGAACAUCUUCUAAAAAGCCUCAUUGCUGCUGAAAAACAGAUACCAAGAAAACGGAGAGAUCAGAGUGAGGACGAAGAUGAGUGAACAAAUUCUUUUCAGAAUUAGGACAGAAAAAAAAAAAAAGCAUCGAGAACUGGACCACACUUCACCUGAUAAAUACUCUUUGGAUUGCUGACUUUAGGAAUGAUCUGCGGUUCUUUGUUACAACUUUCUUCAUCAGAGGAAAUGCCAGAGGCGUAGUCUAAUGUAGCUCGAUUAACAGCACAGCUGACCUGUUGGGAAAGCUCCCAUUCGUCCCAUCUGCCUUUAAAAGAAGCAAUUGUAAAUGGAUGAUUUUUCUCACCGUACCUAAGUAGGAAAAGAAGAUUUCUUUAUUAAGGAUUCAAAAAUCCAAGUUUUUUUUUCAUUUCUAACCUUUUCUGCAGACCGCUCAACCAAUCUGCAAAAAGUUAUUUUAAGAAACAAAUUGAAAUGGCUUGACAGCAAAGCAAAUUGCAAGACACUGUGACCUUCAGCUUCCACGGGGUAGCAAUUAGUGAGGGUAUUCUGUAAGGGCUAGUUUGGUGAAUUUCUCUGACAAAGAAAAACUAGUCUCUUUUGAUUCAACUAAUGAACUGAGUUCCAAUUCCUCUGCCCCCUUGAUAUUGCUUGUAAUACUUAGGCCUUACAGUCUAUAGUUGGCAAUACAGUGCAGUGAUUGAAGUCAAAUUUCAAAUACAGGAAAACCUUAGUUUGCGAGCAUAAUUCGUUCUGGAAACACACUUGUAAUCCAAAGCACUUGUAUAGCAAAGAGAAUUUCAAGAACCAUUGGCCCAGUUAUGAUCAUGUGACAUUAGGCAUCACAUACUACUCUUAUUGCAAGAUAUCACUCAUAUCAAGUUAAAAUUUAUUAGAAAUGUUUGCUGGUCUUGGACAACACUCGCAGAACAAGUUACUCGCAAUCCAAGGUUUGACUGUACGGUGUCAAGUCUCUGUGCUUCCACUGUGUCCACUCCUACUGGAAGUCUGUGCUAAGAAAGUUUGCAUCUGAAACCUUAACCAGCCAGUGCCCUCACCGCUAAUGCAGGGCUUUAGUGGAUCAUCUCUCACCAAGGUGCACAGAACUGACUCUAUAACCCAUGAUUCCAGGGAUCACAGAGCACACCGCCUCCAGUGAGAUUACUCACCUACAGCACACUUCAAAGGGAUCUACCCAUAUGGUCAUCUCCUUUGGAAGUCCCAGGUGAGAAAAAUCCACGUUACUUUCAGCACAAGCCCUUUCUAGAAUGGGAUCUUUAUCCCGACUAUUAUUUAUCCUGAUACACCUUUAGAAAGCAAGGAAAGGGAAACAAACACUUGGUGACAGGCGCCUUAGUAGACGGGAAUCAUGUGGUGGGCCAACUGCUCUCAUACCGCUGACCCCCACCCUGUCCCUCCACGGCUUUCCGAGUAGAACCAUCAACAUCAGCUACUCACAACGUUACAUCACUAAGUCACGCAAUUGGUUUUGCCGAAUGUCCUCUGCCGAUUUUUCACGGUAAACACAAGCCAGAGAUAGUUUAAUCCACCCCACGUAAGGGGGGUUGCACUACAGUUUUCAACGAUGUUGAAAUUGUAUAGUUUUCUCUAUGCACUGCCACCUGCUGCAUUUCUUCCAAGCCCAAGCUCAAAUAAAUUUGAGGCCAUAAAGCUUUUGUUACUCGUAGACCGCCAGCAGAAUCACUGCCAAUGGUUAUUGCUUGCUCGUUAGUUCCCCUUGUCAUCCUAUAUGCCAGCUCUCACCUGAACGCUUGCCCUUUAGAAGGGCAGUCGGCGUGCCAGUGACUUCUGUAGGUUUCAAACAAGAUUGUCGUCAGCUUUUCUGCAAAGUCUUCUAUUUUCUGUUUACUCAGUUUAUCAUGUUUUUUCACCAAUCUUGUGACAAAGAAAACGGCUGUUGCAAUUUCAUCUCUCAUGAUUCAAGAGAAAGGAGGACUGCAACCAUUCAAAGGAAGUGAGAAUAAAUGAACUAGAAACAGGAUCAAGCUUACAAUCAACAUGUAAUUGCCAUUUGGAAGUUUUAUAUACCUGAAACAGAAAUCAUUUGCUGGUCCUUCGUCAACUAAAUAAGUGUGUCAGUAGGGUCCACUACCAAAACAGCCGUGAACACCAAUUCCUCAGUUAGCCAGUUUUUAAUGUUUUCAAAGAAAAAAACCCCACUUUUUAAAACUUUAAUAUACUUAAACAAAUAAAACACCAGUAUGCAACUUAAGUUAAAAAAAAAAGUCUGGAUACGGGACAGUAAAUUACACCCGAGCACCACUUUUUAAAAAGGUAUUUACAGAAAGCAGAACAUUUCAGGGUAGAGUAGUUCUAAAAUGUGACUCUCAGGUUGCAUGCUUUAAGUAAAAGUUAAGGUUAAUCAAACAUACACUAUAUUUGCCAGAAAAGGUGCUUUAGCCCCAACAACAACAACAACAAAAAUAAAAGUGGGCCAGAGUUAGAAUACACUCUCCCCCACACCUGUUUUGUUAGUUUUAGGCUGAAGUUUAUAUAAGCCUGGGUCAAAAGCCUGACAGGUGUUUAACCUUACACAGGUGCUUUCCUUUAGGUUAAUUAGAUAGCUUCUUCCAGGUCCCCCUCAGAUUGCUCCCUGGUAGAUGUAGAAUGAGUUCUUUAAAAUGGUCAAAGAUUUCCACCUGGAUUUGUCUCUUCUGUUCUGCUAUUAAAAUCUUAUCUCUUAUGACACAGAUUGAGAAUCAAGCCUUCCCCUUCCACAUCCUAACAUCCUACAUCCCAAUACUUUUGUCUCUAAUUGUAACUGUCAACAUAUUAAAGAAUUUUGCCUUGGAUCUUUUCUGAAACGGAAGGCAACUUUCUCUGAACAAUCAUUAUGUUGACUAUGCUCAUUUUUUUUACUAAAAUGUUUAUUUGUCAAAUAAGCGGAAGAGAUCUUGGAGUUUAUCCAGUCUCCCUGGUUCUCAAAGUGUACUUCACUGACCACCUCAUUUGGAGCCACUGGGUUGCUUGUUAAAAAUGCAGAUUUGUGGCCCUUUCCCCAGGUCUACUGAAUUGAUACUUCUGUAGGUGAGGUCUGAGAAUCUGUAAUUCACAAACUCUUUCAGGUGAUUCUUAUACCCGCUAAAAUUUAAGGACCACCGCACCUGACAUAGAGGUCAUUCAGGCUCUUCAUCAAUGACAAAGAAUUCGUUCUCUUACAAGGAAGCCCUUUUCAUUUCUAGAAACCUGCAAAUACCAGGCAGUACCUCCUCCCUCCUAAGGGAAGCCUUAGCUCUUCCCUCUGGAACCACUGACUGUAUCUAACUUUCCAUCACAUGCAGACGCUUCAAACCUUAGCUAUUCCAUCCCUCCUGAGUCUUCUCUCUUGCACAGCCAACCUCAACUUUUUAACAGUUCUUCCCAUAGACACGUUACUCAGACACUUCAUGCUCGGCCCUCCCCUGUGGAUGAAUGAGUUUCAGGCAUGUCAGUAAUGCUCGUUUAGAGUGUGGAGCCUGGAAUGACACACAAUGGCCCAGGUAAGCUCUGCCAUCACAGAUUAUAGUGGGACUGUCUCCACCCUUACUACAAAUACUGUAUUUCUAGAACACAGCCUCGGGUGGCAUUCACCUUGUUGGCAGCGAUAUCCCACCGCUGCCUCGCGCUGAACUUGCAAGUAGUCUUUUUCACUAGUGCUGUUGGGGUUUUUUUGUUUGUUUGUUUGUUUGUUUACAUCUUUCCCUUUCUGCAUAGCAUAAUGUUGAAGAAUAUGGGCUUUGGAGUUAGACCUGGGUGUGAGUUGCAACUUACGACUCACUGUCUGGGUAACCUGGAGGAGCUUGCUUACCUCCCAAACGGGUUCUGAUCUACGAAAUGGGAGGGAUAAGAGUGACCCACCCCCCCCCCCAGGGAUGUUAACAAGAUUGCAAUCAAUAACACGUCAAAGCACCCAGUCCAGAGCCUGCCUAGCAGUUGUUACAGGAAGGCAGAGCAGUUAAGAAACUAGGGGGACCUGGGUGGCCCAGUGAGUUAAGUGUCUGACUUGGGCUCAGGUUCAUGGGGUAGAGCCCAUGGGU